AUGUCCAUCAUUGACGGCAGAGCCAUCAGCAGCGAGCUGCGUGCGUCCAUCGCGGCCGAGAUCAAAGAGCUCAAGGCCCAGGACCUGUCGUUCGCGCCUCGGCUCGUGAUCAUCCAGGUCGGAGACCGUCCUGACUCGUCCACCUACGUCAAGAUGAAGCUCAAGUCGUGCCAGGAGGUGGGCAUCGACGGGUCCUUGCAAAAACUCCCCGACGACGUUUCGGAAGCCGAUCUGCUGGCGCGCAUCAGCGAGCUGAACGAGGACGCGUCUGUGCACGGGAUACUGGUGCAGCUCCCGCUUCCUGCUCAUUUGGACGAGGAGCGGAUCACCAACGCUGUGAAGCAGGAGAAGGACAUCGACGGCUUUUCGGAACUCAAUUUGGCCGCCAUUUUCAAGAAGAACGCUGCUGCAAAGUUCAUUCCGUGCACGCCAAAGGGCAUCAUGUACCUGUUGAAACAUGAGCAGGUGGAGAUCACAGGCAAGAACGUGGUGGUCUGCGGCAGAUCGGACAUUGUUGGAGGUCCGCUCUCGAAGCUUUUGGAGAAGGCGGGCGGAACCGUCACGGUGGUCCACUCGAAAACUAGCCCGGAGCAGCUCAAGUUCUACUGUUCGAACGCAGAUAUUAUUGUCAGCGCCGUUGGCCGCGCCAACUUCAUCACGGGCGACCUGGUCAAGCAGGGCUGUGUGAUCAUAGACGUGGGGACGAACUACGUUCCGGACGCGACGAGGAAAUCGGGCCAGAGAAUGUGUGGAGACGUCGACUUUGCGUCGUGCAAAGAAAAGGCCUCGAAAAUCACCCCUGUCCCUGGCGGAGUCGGGCCAAUGACCGUGGCGAUGGUUCUGGACAACCUGCUGGAGAGCGCCAAGCGCAGCAAGAAGGCGUAA